AAAGGAGCUGAGGAUGAGACAGGCGAUCGCCAAGCCUCCGAGACUGUAAACACAACAGAAGACCCAUCUAACCUCCUGACAGCCACUGGAACAAGAGCCUUCCGUUACUGUCCCUUCCACUUCGCCUUCCUCGUGCACGGCGUACGUGUGCCCGAAACUACACCCGGACAAUGGAUCGCCGAGAACCUCGCCUACGCCGAUAACUUUGUUCACAUUGUUGCCCGUCAUCUGUGA